AUGUCGAGUGUACUUCUUCGAAAGAUCGGGGACGCUUCGGUACCUGUCAUUGGCUUCGGGGCAAUGGGGACCAGCUUUUGUUACGAUGCCGUUGGAUCAGAGGAGGAACGUUUCAAGGCAAGUUCGGACGUAAUCCUGGAAGACGCGAUUCCAUUUUCUUGGCGGAUCCCUAUGGGAACCUCCCGUGGUGAUCCUGAGUAUGUCAAGGGGCGGUGCUAUGCGUCGCUCAAGAGGCUCGGUGUGGAUCACAUCGACUUGUACUAUCAACACCAAGUCGACCCUGACACUCCUAUCGAGAAGACGGUAGAGGCUAUGGCCGAACUUGAAAAGUCAAAUACUUUGGUCUCUCAGAACUGCACCACAUCUGGUCUCCGUCGUGCGAACGCGAUCCAUCCCAUCGCGGCCCUUCAAAUCGAAUAUUCACCCUUCAUCCUUGACGUCGAGAAGCUGCCCCUCGAGCUCAUCCAAACCGCUCGUGAGCUUGGGGUCAAGAUCGUUGCCUACUCUCCACGGCGGUGGCCAGUUCAAGGCAAAGAAUUUUCCGUUGUGGAUAGGAUUGGGGAAGUGGCGAAGAGAUACGAUGCCACACCGGGACAGGCAGUGCUCGCGUGGAUUCUGGCACAGGGCGAGGAUUUCUUUGUGAUUCUGGGGACGAAGAAGAUCAAGUACCUGGAGGAGGAGAAUCUUAAGGCUGCGUCGCCCAAGCUGACGUCGGAAGAAAUCGAGGAGAUACGCCAGAUUGCUGAAGAAACUGAGAUUCCUGGAGAGCGAUACGAUCCAAGAGCCUUGGAAGCAAAUAUGUCGAGAGCCCAGCAUUGA